CCCAGAGAAAAGGAGGCCAAAAUGAAGAAACUUCUUGCUUGGGUCCUUUUUCUGGUCUUACUGAUUCUCUUUUCAGAUGCGUCCCCAAUUUUGACAGAAAAACAAGCUAAGCAGCUCUUGAGAACCAGGCGAGAAGACAGACCACAAAAAGCUGGUUUCCCUGAUGAACCGAUGAGGGAGUACUUGCAUUACCUUCUCCGCCUGGAGCAGAGAGCAGAGGAGCAGUUGCUGGAACACUGGCUGAAUCCAUAUUGCAAACCGCACUGCAACAGGGAUUGGGUCCAUCCAGUGUGAAGUCCAAGAUCCCAACAAGUGCUUUGGUGGAAAGGAAUUCCACUGUUGUUCUGGAGAUGCCUCUGUAGAAGUCAGAAAUCCAUAUCUUCAGUAGUUGCUUAAUCUCACUCGUAUCGAAUGCGGUUUGGAGCAUGACAAAUCUGCAUGAUGUUUCUUUUUGCUGACCUGCGGAGACCUGGAAAGCUAAUGCCUGGUAAACACAAGCUCCUCUGGGUUUCCCACUAGAUUUGAGAGGGUACCAAGGCCACAUAUUUUAGUGAGCGCCGAGGCAGAGACUGCCAGGAAAGAAAUCGGAGAAGGGUAACUAACAAAAACAGAUUACGGCGCCGGCCUUUGGGAUGUUGGUGAAAGUCUGGAGUAGUAGCGUAGCGUCUAAUGCUACUUUGCUGUAUCUUUUUAUCUUAAUGGUCUGAAUCUUUUUCUC